AAAAGAAAGAAUCAAAGAAACUCAAAAAACAAAGGAAAAAGAGCGCUACCUUCUCAACAAGGAGCGUUUCUUCUGUUUCUCAAAUCGAUCAUCAAAUUAUAGUUAUGGAAUAGCUUGGAUCCUUCACGUCUCACUCUCCAAUUCAUCUGAUUCGCUUUUGGAGAAAACAUAAGGCGGAAUGGGACAAGCCUUUCGCAAGUUAUUUGAUACCUUCUUCGGCAACUCUGAGAUGAGGGUGGAAUAAAAAGUUAUAGUCCUGCUCCCUUCAAUACCAUUCCUUUUCCUCUAGGAUGAUUUUCCACAUAGUGCAGAGUGCCAGCUACCAAGUGGCUUGAUAUUGCUGAGGGAUCUCCCAGUUCUGCAAAGGACCUCUAAAGCAGGUUGUAAUGUUAGGGCUGGAUGCGGCUGGAAAAACAACUAUAUUAUACAAGCUGCAUAUAGGAGAAGUUCUGUCUACAGUUCCUACUAUUGGUUUCAAUGUAGAAAAAGUCCAGUACAAGAAUGUGAUUUUUACUGUGUGGGACGUUGGUGGACAAGAGAAAUUAAGGCCACUCUGGAGGCAUUACUUUAAUAACACGGAUGGACUGAUUUACGUCAUUGACUCUUUGGAUCGAGAGAGAAUUGGAAAGGCGAGGCAAGAGUUUCAGGCCAUCAUCAGAGAUCCUUUUAUGCUUAAUGCUGUGAUCUUGGUUUUCGCUAAUAAGCAGGACAUGAAAGGAGCAAUGACCCCAAUGGAAGUGUGUGAAGGCCUUGGUCUUUAUGAUCUAAAAAGCCGAAAAUGGCAUAUUCAAGGCACGUGUGCUCUUCGUGGGGAUGGCCUAUAUGAGGGACUGGACUGGUUAUCGAGCACUCUGAAAGAUCUCAAGGCCGCUGGGUACUCUUCAGUGGGCACUUCAUCCUUCUGAUUGAUCAGGCUUACAAAAGAAGAACCUCCCCUUUUGAGGGACAAAACUGAAUACCUUGUCGUCUGUAAAUUGAAACGCCUGAACUCUCAUUGACAAUCUUUACUUUUGGGUCUGUGCUUCUGAUGCAGUGGAGUACACUAGGCACUUGAUUCCUGGCCUAGGUGAAGCUUGAUUUUUGGUUCUUUGUAUGCGGAAAUACGGGCCUUGCAAUUGGUCUUUCCCGUACACUAGAAAUGUGUCUGUUGAUGCCUACUUUUAGUAUUUUCAGUAUGUAAUUCCACACUGAAAGCAUGCCAAAUUUAUCCACCCUGCUCCCAAAAUAAUUUGUGCCUAUAGAUGUAUCAUUCCAGUUCUUCCUUAAAUGUUCCUACUUUUAUGAAUGGAGUCCUUUUGUCA